ACGGGAAGAUAUACCAGUUCAAUGGUCGAUGCAGCUACGUACUUGCUGGUGACUAUAUGGAUGGUAACUUCUCUGUCAUUCUCGACUAUAUGGGCAAACAGAAAAGAAGGAUGAUCAUCAGCACCACUCAACACACUGUCCAGCUCCUGCCAAAGAACAAAUUGAGAGUUGACGGAGCCAUUGUUGAAAUGCCAUACCACGCCCAAGAUAUAUCCGUCAUCAAUGAGGGUGAUGACGUCACAGUGAGUGGGCGUGGCUUCGCUAUUCAUCAUAACUUGCCCAAUGAUAAGUACGAGAUUGGACUGAGUGGUUGGUACUACGGAAAGACUGGUGGUUUACUGGGAACUUACGACAAUGAACGUCAUAACGACAUGAUGAUGUCAUCACGACAACUCACCAGUGACAUCACCUCUUUCGUGGAUACCUGGGAGGUCAAGGACAGAUGCCGUUAAAAUGGUUGGACAUUAAGAAUCAACUUAAGAACUAAUCAGUGAUU